AUGUACAAGCUUCUGACUGCUUCUCUCCUGGCCACUGUCGCCCUUGCGGCAGGCCACAAUGGCCUUAUUGCUCGCCAGGUCUCCAGCUGCGAAUCGCACCCUGGUUACAAGACCUGCAAGUCGUCCUGCAUUCCCGUCACCUACAGCUGCUGCGCUAUCGGUGAGGGCGGCUGCGAGCCAGGCACGUACUGCACCGACGAUGGCUGCUGCCCCAUCGGGGAGAUCUGUACUGGACCUGGCGGUACCCUGACGGGAACGCUGACCGAUACCAUCACCAACACCUUGACCAACACUGUUACCAACACUCUGACAAACACUCACACCGAGACCGCGGCGCCUACUACUACCACCACCACCGAGGAGACCACCUCUACUUCCACCUCCACUUCCACUUCCACUUCGGCUUCGACCCCGGCCACUACUUCCAAGCCCGUCAUCCCCACCCAGCCCACGGUCACCUCUCCAAGCGGCACCCCAUCGCCCUCGGGCUCCUCCACCGCCAGCCCUUCCUCCCCUCUGUUCACCGGCGCCGCGUCCCGUCUGAACGCCGGCGUGGGUGCUGUCGCUGGUCUGAUUGCGGGAGCCGCUCUCCUGUAA